AUGCCACAAUUACUAAAGACUUUAAUACGAAAGAUACGCCAGCCACAGAUUCGGAUACAGAUCCUGUCCGAUUUGCAUCUCGAGAUAGGCCAACAAUAUAUGUCAUAUACCUUCCCGGUGACUGCACCAUUUCUUCUACUGGCUGGCGAUAUCGGGAGACUGGUUGACUACGGCAACUACAAAGCGUUCCUCGAAAUGCAAGCCUCUCGAUAUAAAAAGGUGUUUCUAGUGUUGGGAAACCACGAAUUUAUGAACUCGACUAUGAUUCAGGAGUGGUCUCGCUGGGAUGACCCAGAUUCCAAUCUCACGAUUCUGGGCUGCACGCUUUGUCAGAUUCACAUUGAGGAAGCUGAAUGGCUUCGCAAAGAAGUUGCGCAAUUGGCAACACAGGACCAAGAUAAUUCCAGGCAAAUUGUCAUCGUGACGCAUCACGCACCGUGUUUACAAGGCACGUCCAAGCCGGCGGAUACCAAUAGCCCAUGGACACCUGCGUUUGCGACCGAUCUUGUAACCAAGGGAAACUGGGGUAAUGUCACUUGCUGGAUCUUCGGCCAUACGCACUAUUCUACGGAUUUCCAGUAUAAGGGUAUUAGACUAUUGGCAAACCAGUGGGGAUAUGUUUUUCCAAAGGAAAAGGUGAAGAGCAAGACUAAACGAGACCCGCAUGUAUUUGAUCCCGCAAUGGCUAUCAAGUUAUAA